GGGAACUUGAGUUGAGAGAACGCGAGAGUUGUUGCUAGAAUUUGUGAGAGACUAUGAUGGACUCUGUAUUGUUUUAGGGUCGUAUAGCCAUCGGUUGCACUUUUCGUCACCGCAGUUCGGCCACCUACUGCCGAUGUCGAACGAUUUCUGUAUGCAAAUGCUUGCAACUUCAAUUUUUCCUUCGCGUUGAAUUUUCGUGUACUUCUGAACCCCUCUUACUGCGGAAAUCGAAUGAAAAGCCUAAGUGCUACAUGAGAUCAUGACAAUAGAAAUCCAACAACUCAGCUUCCAUCUCUAGAAAAAUAAAAUGAAUUCCAAUUUGAACUCAUAUAUCAUAGUUCACAUAAAAUGACGAGUGGUGCAUCAGCACCAAGUGCUGACCACGUCGUCACCUAGUUUUUCUUGCCCCGGCCCUGUACACCAGAAAUAAGCCCGGCCUUGUACUACACCACCGGUGGCGAAGGAUCCGAUAACGCAGUUCCAAGAACGCAAACUAUUUUUUCCGCGCCAUCUUCUUCGCUGUGCAGCCCGUGUUGUCUUCUCACCAUGGGCAUUUUAUUCCAUCCAACGGCGGGAGGCGACGAUCCGUCGAGCGUGCUGACUCUAUUGACUUCGUUUCUCGCGAGAAAAGGAAGUUCGCUCGGGGUAGAUGCGGCACCGGGAAAUAAUUCUUCGCUUGACGACUGGAGUCAGGUAGAUUUUGUGAUCAUAAUGUGUUCGUUGCAAAGACGAAGGCCCACUGCUGGAUGCUUUUUGAUUCCCGGCGAAGAUGCAACGUCGUGGCCUGAAAACGCAAAAUUAUCGAGCAGCUUCAAUUGUGACUACAUACAGGUUGACGCUGUAGUCGCGCGGCAAAAAUCCCGGCGCAUGCAGACGCUGCGUAGUCCGGAGCAUUUUUACGACCUGGACCAGAAGCUGUACGGGACGAAGCUGCCACCCAAUACAGCGCAUCUCCCCAAACUCGGGGGGGGGGGGUACGGCAACGGACCACUCGGCGACGCGAUGCCGACAAUACGCAGAGGCGCGCAAGGUUCAUUUUUUUUUGCUUGAAGUUUGGCUGCCAUGGCAAGGCUGUGACUGUGUUGCAUGAGCGACGACGUGUGCUGCUAAAUGAUUUACGCGCUGCGUUUAGCAAAGAAACGCAAGCACAACACACACGCAGGCGGAAAGGAAGGUCCAAGUGGGUUCAGCUCGCCGCAGCACGUUCCCAGGAUGGAAGCCGACGUCCAAACGCGUGUCAAAGCGAGCGGCUCUGCUCUGGAAAGUACUUCUUUGCAGGAUAUGUGUUGCAUAAGUACUGAAUUUGCUUUCCCAACAUAUUGAGCUUCGCGUGAAGAAAUGCAUUACAGAUUUCACCGUAUGUGCUUUAUUUGAUUGAAACAGGAGCGCACAACGUCCCUGCCGGCAACGCCGGCGAUAACGCCCUGCCUCUAAGCGACAAGCACCCGAUUGCAGGCAACCGCCAACGUGCAUCCGGGAAUGGUCUCGGCCGCAUACCAGGUAAUUGAUAAAGUAUUUUGAUCAGCCCGUUCGUAGCUUUGGAAUUCAAAUUUUCAGGCCCACUUCUUUCGUUUGCUAAUCUGCGAGUUUGAAUUACUUGUAGUCACAGCUAAAAGUUGUUCGACGAAAAUCCCACUCACAGGUACGCCGGUUAUCGCGCAUGAGCAUGGUAUUGUGGCCUCGCAGCGGAAGACGGGGGUGUCCAUACAUUCACGAGAGCCUUCACUUCGCAGUAUCGAGAACUUUCACGACAUGAAUGACCCGAACCGGUACGGGGAAAAACGGUCUUUGGCAGUUAUGGGUGAUGCAGUGCGGGUCGGUGGAGACGUGUCCGUGGCCGACGUUGGGUUGUGGCGGGCUGGGAGAAGGAGCAUCCGCAGUAUGAUUUGGUUGUCCUCGCUUGAAGUCAAUUCACUCUCAACGCAUGACAGUUGGUAUUCGCUUUCGCUUUCGCAUCAUUGCCUGUUUAUAACAUAAUUUUGGCUUUCCAAAUUCCAAUCCAACACAGCUGGCGGACAAGUGGAGCAAAGCGUCUUCAAGAUCCCUCAGCUGGACGAUCUCUCGGUCGCUUCGAGAACCUCCGUGAAGCCAAGUCCCUCCGUGUUUAGAAGUUCGAGAAGUUCUGCUUUCAUCAACGAGGAGGUGCAGUCGCAGCGGCCCAUCACGGGGAACUCCAGUAGCUCUAGUAGUACGGGGCCAAUCAACUACUACAACAACCGAAAAGUCGUUUCCAAUAGUGUCGGACUCACAUCAGUUCCGCCUCGGUCUGCGCAGGAUUUCUUAAGUCCUUCGAGCACGACGGCAGCCUCUUCCGGCAAGAGCAAGUUGCUAAUGGAACACGUUGGACAAGGACAUGGCUCUGGUGGUGGCCGCGUUUUAACUGAUCCCGGAAAAGAGGACCAGUCCGGCUCCGCAAUAACCGUGGGCGCGAACAAAAGGCUGCCGAGACCUUUUCUCCGUGGUCAAGACGCUUCUUCUGCUGGAACAGGUCCCCACGUCGGGGGGGUUGACAACAAGUUGUUAGGCAGUCGUAACGACACAGGCGAGCAGAGCCACGUCGGUUCAACCCCGACUUUCGCCAAAGCUCCAAGUCAAAGUUCACCUGCAGUGAGAAGGCAGUUCGUCUCAUCUUUGUCUGGCGACAUUCGAUUGGCCGAGUCCGGGCAGAGCAGGAAGAGCAAACUUGUCGGCGUCGGAGAGAUGAGCUCCGGGGCGACGACUGCAACGAAACACGUGGCGCAACCAGUCGCGCACAAACCAGUCGCGAAUUCGCACGGGACCAGCCUCUUGACGCCGUCGCUGCAUCGUAAAACCUCCAGUUCUUUUCCCGGCACCGAUGAAAACCAGGCCGAUGUCGACGAGCAUGUAGUACAAACUGCAGUGCCAGAAGACGAGGCCAUCUUGAAUGCAAUUGAUGCAGACCAAAACGCCGAUGACGAUCAAGUUCAGAAGGCCUUGGACGACGCUGACGCAGCUUGGUCAAAGAACAUCUUGGACUGGAGUGCCGAUGAUCUCGAAGACCUUCCGGCGGAAGAUCCGCGCUGUGGAGUGUUUUAUAAUACUUCCCACGGGGAUAGCGACAUUGCAGAGGCGGACGCAUUUGACGUGCCCGGAAACGUGGACCUUGUUUUCGGAACUCCGCCUGGCAAUUAUUUUGAGUGGUUUGCAGACGUCGCGCCAACGUUGAAGUUGAAAAAACUAGCAGUUGAUGCGGUAACACGGUUGGACGACUUUAUUGCAGCACCGAAUCUCGGAACGGCGAGUCGCAACCGGGUCGGCCCUCCGGGUUCCGCCGCUAAAUCGCUGGCCUCAACCUCGGGCGCAAGGGUAAUCGCGGCAGCAAUGAAUAAAGUUUUCGACCCGGAAAUGAAGAAGGGAAUAAUCUUCGGAAGCCGAGAAGGGACGGAGAUGUACACACUUCACCUUCCUCGACAUCGUCGUCUUCAUCUUUUGAACUACAUCAGGAAGAACUUGCGCAAUUGGAGUUUAUUUCAUGUCGCUUCUCGAAGGCAACUAAACCAGAAGCUCGUUGUCAAAGACGACGAGGUCCACGAAUGUUUCUACAUGUGGAAGAAGCGGCGAAAGCAGAAAGCACAAAACCCAGCCGCGUCAGAGUCGGAUUCUCAAGAACCACGCGCGGGAGGCGAGACCACACCGGCAGAAGCUGACACGGAAAACCAAGGCCCGGCAGAAGCUGUUCUCGACGACGUAGUUCCUGUGCGAGUCGCUUGUGGACCGAAAGGUGAGCUGCCGUCGCACAAGGAUGAGGUGGGCAAUUCAGUCGCCGCAGUCCAUCUUCAUGAUUUUGAUCUCCAGUCUCUCACCAAGUGGAUUUCUACUUUUCCGGGCCUACGGUGCAAAAAUAGAACUCUGAUAAGCAACCACUGUCGCCACCUCAAUAUAGAAGACGCCUACACACCAACACCGGAUGCGGCACGGAGGAUAGAGAAAGCGACUUUGCAGCGGCAGAGAUCGUUUCAGGCGGACGAUACAACGACAAGCGACCCACGACUUACCGCGGCAGCGCCACAGGGGGCACCAAAUGCCGGCCCGACAGCUGAAAGCAGGCAACUUGCUGCAGACCUUGCGGGAGUAUUCGGAAGUUCGGUAGUGGCGAGUGAAGGUUUGUGUCGUUCGGCAGGACACUAUUUCGAAAUGCUUCGUGCAGAUCUCGCAAACCCACACAUUCGCGGAAAGAUGGACUUUUUCGACCAUGAAGAGCGCCAUCUGGACGCUGUCAAGGCCUUGGCAGCAGCCCGAAGCACCAAGGCCGAAGCGGUGGAAGCGAUAAAAGAUGUCUCCGAGGAAAUGAAAGCAAAGUGUGAAGCAGAACAGCUGCAAGAAAAAGAGGAACUACAAGCACGACUUCAACCUGUAAUGGCCGGCCGAAGGGGCAGAGGAGGUGCACAUUUGAACGCCCGGCGGAGGGAGCUGCAAGAGCUUGAGGAGAAGUUUGCAAACCUUAAAAGGAAGAUCAGCGAUGACGCCACUGAGGACGAGAAAUUCCUCUCCAUGAUUGCUCCUGCUGGUGACGAGGAUGCAUAUUCGGCAGCAAGUGAUCCGCUUAGCGGUCCAGCGUCUGGAUCGGACCGAAGACAAACCGACAGUGACCAUUUCCAACCCAUUACCGGAGACUCGUCUCUGGAUAUAGAUGACAACGGAAGCGAGAUUGGUGCUGUCGCUGAGGAUGACCCAAACAACUAAUUUUUCAGCCCUGAACAAAAAAUCGACACCUGCUUUUUUUCACAAUUUUCUGCAAUAUCGCCUGGAAUCUGCCACGCACGAUGAAUACAAGAGGUUCCAUCAAAAUUGGAAAACACGGAUGGUGUGAGGUGUAGAAUCCGGAAGAUAUUGAUCAUCAGAAUUACACAUGAUCAGCACGAACAAGAUGCAGCUCGCUGCGACGUGGAUGGUGUUGUGCAAUGAGCGGCCUAGCUCUUGUCCCAAUGGUUUUCCAAUCGCCCAGCAGAACACGGCCGAGGAUGAGGAUUUUGUGUUUAUCACUCUGUAAGAUCAUUCGGCAUCGCACUUGUCUCGGACCGUUGAUUCUGAUUCCGCCUGCAAGGUGUAAGAAAGGGCG